GCCCGGCGCAGGUGAGCGCCGCUCCCGCCGCUGUUCCGGCCCCGCCGCCGCUCCGGCCCCGCCGCCAUGGAGCCCGUGGGCUCCUGGAGCCCCGCACAAACGGCCGCCUGGCUCCGAGGGCUGGACGCGGCAGUGCAGGGGUACCCGUUCGAGGCCUGGGGGCUCUCGGGGCCCGACCUGCUGGGGAUGGACGUGGGGGUCCUGGAGGCACUGGGCGUGUGGCCCUUGGGACACCAGGAGCUGCUGCUGGAGGCUGUGGAGCAGCUCCGUAACCUGGAUGCAGGGCUGGCGAGCACCAGCCUGCGGACGCUGACCGAGAGGCUGCAGGAGCUGGCACAGGGCAUCCAGAGCCUGGUACAGCGGGGGCUGUCAGCAGGGGAUGCCCCUCAGCCGCCCUCCCUCACCCUCCUGGCCCGAGUCAUCGACCUGGUCGGGGCUGCCAAGGAACUCUUCUCCUGGCUCAACAGGUACCUCUUCUCCACCCUCAAUGACUUUUCAGCCAGCCGGGACAUCGUCCUGCUCUGUGCCCAGCUGGCAGAGCUGCUGCAGGCGGACCUUCCCGAGGCUGAGAGGAGCAGCGGGAUCCUGCGGAUUUGCCAGCACAUCGUGGGCAUCUGCCAGAGCAUCGUGGGCUGCAGUCCCCCGGCGCUGCUGGACCGCAGGGCUGUGCUGCAGAGUGUGGGGCUGUCGCUGCCCCCCGGCCUGCAGRGCAGCCCCCCAAUGUCCCCUGGCACCCCAGCGCUGCCCCCCRGCCUGUGGCAGAGCCCCCCAGCAUCCCCUGGCACACCGACAGCGCUCCCCAGCCCAUGGAGCAGCCCCCCAGGAUCYCCCGACACCCCAACACCACCCUCUGAUGUCGUGGGGAGCCCCCAGGCGCUCCUCUCUGCCCGGCUGGGCUUUGAGGUCACCUCCACCAGCUCCUGCCUGCACUUCGUGUCUGCCAGCACCUCGGAGGCCUUGGCUGCCCACGGGGGUCACAUCCUGCCCGGAGAUGAGAUCGUGCAGGUCAACGAGCAGGUCGUGGUGGGYUGGACACCCGUCAGCCUGGCGAGGAAGCUGCUGGAGAAGGGGAACAGGGUGACUUUGGUGCUGAAGAAGAUCCCCCUUGACCUGCCCAGCUCACCCCUCUCUCCCAGGCAGCAGCCCCCGGGAGCAUUUUCGGAUGCUGCAGAUUCCCCCGGCACCAGGAGUGGCGAGAGCCCGGGCAGCCCCAUGUCCUUGACCUCCAGUGUUGCGGCCGAUUUGGACUCGGGACCAGACUCUGCCCCGGAUCCCGUCACUGACGAGGAGGAGGAGGAGGAGGAGGACGAGCGGGACCUGAGGCUGCCCGGGGCAGCUGUGGWGGAGCCGCYGGGACUGUCGGGACUGUCGGGACUGUCGGGACRGGGUGCUGCAGAGCUGUGGGACAGUGGCAGCCCCCCGAGAACCCCCCUGGACACCCCCCUGGGCACCUCCCCGGGCACCCCUGCUGCCACCGGAGCCUGUGGCACAGAGCUGAGCCCCACGGCAGAGCCCAGCAGAGCAGAGCCCAGGCAGCUCCCUGAGGAGGGCAGCCCCCCGACAGGACGCAGACCAAAGGGAGUGGCGACCAGGCUGAGCCGCCGGCGGGUCUCGUGCCGGGACCUGGGCCGGGUGGACUGCGAUGGGUGGCUCCUCAAGAAGAAGGACCACGUGGGCUUCAUGGCCCAGAAGUGGAAGCGGUGCUGGUUUGUGCUCAAGGGCCACACACUCUACUGGUACAACCACCCCAAUGAUGAGAGGGCUGCAGGACUCAUCAACGUGGCCACCUACAGCCUGGAGAGCACGAGGGAGCAGAAGAAGAAAUACGUGUUCCAGCUGUGCCACCAGACCUACAAACCCUUUGUCUUCGCUGCUGAAACCUUGGCUGACCUGAGCAUGUGGGUCAGUCGACUCGUAACAGCCAAAACAAAGUACACCCUGGCCCACCAGGCAGUCCCAGACAAGGAGGAAGACUGCUACAGUGAGACAGAAGCUGAGGACCCUGAGGAUGAGUCCCCCAGGCACGGAUGUGACUCGCCAAGGAAGAGGCUGCAGAACACCCCAGAGAAGGCUCAGCUCUCCCCAGGCAGCAGCCCCCAGGGCAGCCCCCGGCCCUGCUCCCCCAUGGACCCCGCUGGCGAGGAUCUGGAGAGCCUGAUGCAGUGCCUGAGGCAGGGCGGGGUGUCCCUCAUCGGGCAGCGGCGYUUCCUGACGCAGGAGCAGUGCCGCAAAUCCUUCCUGCGGCGCAACAAGAACCCGCACAUCAACGAGAGGGUGCACGCCGUGCGRGCCCUGCAGAGCACGCUCAAGGCGAAGCUGGCGGAGCUGCAGGCGCUGGAGCAGCUGCUGGGAGAGGCUGCAGUCACCUCAGCCACGUUCAGACGCUGGAAGGAGGAGCACCAGGAGCUGUACCAGGAGCUGCGGCAGGGCUGGGCAGGGMGGCAGUGCCAGGGUGACACUGGGGACCACCAUGGUGCCCACAAAGAGGCGGCUGAACCCUGACAUCCCGACAGGACUCGGUGCUGUGGGAGCAUGGAGGGUGUUUGUGCUGGAGAUCUUGGGAAGCUCAAAGAGAUUUUGGGAAGCUCAAAGAGAUUUUGGGARGUUCAGCCCUCAGCAGCGCCAUCCCACACAGGAAAUGGCUGCUGUGACAGUCUUAAUUUUCUCAAGUUCAUUCUGCCUUGGCUGCAGGCUGGCAAGGGGGGAUUUUCCUGRGCAAUGUGCCCCUGCUGUGGUGCUGCCAGCCUGCCCAGCCGUGGGCUCUUCUGUAAAUAAAUGUGACUGAC